ACAGUUGAACUGGAGAGAAAGCUAUGAAAGAAGUUAGACUGGGUGGUUCUUGGCACACUGAGCGAGAGCAGAGGAAGGUGGGGGCAGCUUCUUAUGGGCUUAUGGGAGGACGCGUGGAGAGGCAUUCCUCUCAUAGUUUCAGGACACCUCUUCAGCCUGCGCAUACGUCAGAUCUGCUCAGAGGGUAUAAAAGGAGAUGGGGACUCCAAAAGAGGGAGAGCAAGAACUCGUCAUCUCACUGCCAGGUCUGGUCUUUGAUAGAGAGAAGACUUUUAAACUUUUAACUUGUGAAGAUGUGGAACGUCUUUGUCGUGGUGGUCGCCUGCGUUAAACUGGUGUCAGCCUCGUGUCCAAAGGACUGUCGGUGUUCCCUUGAUACCCCCACAUGUGCAGCAGGAGUCAGUCUCAUGCUGGAUGGCUGUGGAUGCUGUAAAGUGUGCGCACGGCAGCUCUUUGAGGACUGCAGCAAGACACGGCCAUGUGACCACACAAAGGGACUGGAGUGCAACUUUGGAGGGGAAUAUGGUUCUGCUAAAGGCAUCUGCCGAGCCAAAUUAGAUGGAAGGACGUGUGAGUACAACAACAAGAUUUACCAGAACGGAGAAAUCUUCCGUCCAAACUGCAAACACCAGUGCACAUGCAUGGACGGUGCUGUUGGAUGUGUUUCCCUCUGCCCGCAUGAGCUCAUGCUGCCCAAACUGGGCUGUGCCAAACCCAGACGGAUCAAGAUACCGGGACGGUGCUGUGAACAACUCGUCUGCCCUGAGGAAGCAAAGACAGAGAGUGAGUCUGUGAUGAAGAAACAAAGGAGAAAGCACAGCAAAGACAGCAGACUGUCUGAAGACGACUUUACCAACAGGAAUGAGUUGGGGCCUGUGUGGAGAGGAGAAACUAAAUCUUUACCUGCUUUCAGGAGCCACCUACUGUGUGUGUCUCAAACUACAGAUUGGUCUCCCUGCUCUAAAUCCUGUGGCACUGGAGUGUCCAUCAGGGUGACCAACAGCAACACCCAGUGCAAACUGGUGAAAGAGACUCGGAUCUGUGAAGUCCGCCCAUGUAGCCAAAUGACCUUCAACAGACUGAAGAGAGGUCAGAAAUGUAACCCCACAGAAAAGGCCAGUCGUCCGGUUAAUCUGUCCCACGCGGGCUGCCGUAGCCUGAAAAAGUUCCAGCCAAGGUACUGUGGGUCCUGCUCAGAUGGGAGAUGCUGCAGCCCUCACCGAACCCAGACGUCACCUGUCCGCUUCCGGUGCAGAAAUGGCGACAUCAUCAGCAGGAUGGUGAUGAUGAUCGAGUCUUGCAAGUGUAACCAAGACUGCUCCGAAAAGACAGCUGCACGCUACAGACUUUUUAAUGACAUCCACAAACUGUAAUCGAAGAUGAAAGGGAGACACUUUAAGUAGCAAAAGUUGCACUUUGAGUUGCAGACAUCUACAGGAUGAAUUUCUUGAACUAUAGCAUUUUAUUAUUAUGCUUCAUAACACUGGAGCCUCGUGGUUUGCUUCUGUUGAAGCAGUUUCUUUUUUUACAUUGUGAAAAAUUCUUAUUUUUCUAUGUGUUCACUUUCAUUUUAUAUUUCACAUAUUUAAGCCUCUUUUGACAAGACAUGUCACUGUGGAAAAGAUGUAAAAACUAUGGCAGCUACUAAAUCAGUCAUUACACACAUGUCACACUAUGUUUCUUUUCAUUUACUGUACACGUUCGUUUUAUUUAUAUGGAUUACCAUUUCAUACUUCACUAAAUGUAGAUAUAAUCAUGACAUAUUGUACGAUAAUAUUGGUUUGACAUCCUGUUCUCUACACUCGCUAUGUUUUUAUUUUUCACAAAUAAACACAAAACAAC